UCUUCACUUUAUUUAGCUGUUUUUGCAUGUAGCUCCCAAUCUUUGCACUGCUUCAGUUAGUGGAGCAUUUAUUUUUGAAUCAGCUGCAUUUGUUAAGACUGUAACAACGAAAGGCAUUUCCUGAGAAGCUGUAAGGAUGAGCAGCAAGAAAGAACAGCUAAGGAAAUACGGGACCCUAGUAGUGCUUUUUGUUUUCCAAGUUCAGAUUUUUGGUUUUGAUGUUGACAAUCGACCUACAACAGAUGUCUGCUCGACACACACAAUUUUACCUGGACCAAAAGGGGAUGAAGGUGAAAAAGGAGAUAGAGGAGAAGUGGGCAAACAAGGAAAGGUUGGACCAAAAGGACCAAAAGGAAACAAAGGACCUCUGGGGGAUGUUGGUGACCAGGGAAUGCUUGGAAAAAUCGGUCCAAUUGGUGGAAAGGGUGACAAAGGAGCCAAAGGCUUAUUGGGGGUUCCUGGAAAAAAGGGAAAAGCAGGCACAGUUUGUGACUGUGGAAGAUACCGCAGAGUUGUUGGACAACUGAAUAUCAAUGUUGCUCGUCUUAACACGUCCAUCAAGUUUGUAAAGAAUGUCAUAGCAGGUAUCAGGGAGACAGAUGAGAAAUUCUAUUACAUCGUGAAAGAAGAGAAGAAUUAUAGAGAAGCCUUGAUCCACUGCAGAGACAGAGGAGGAACACUGGCCAUGCCUAAAGAUGAGGCAACCAACGCCCUGAUUGCUGACUACAUCUCCAACAGCGGCCUCUUCCGAGCCUUCAUUGGGCUGAAUGACAUGGAAAAAGAAGGACGUUUUGUGUAUGCAGACAACAGCCCGCUGCAGAACUACAGUAACUGGAAGGAAGGGGAACCUCACGACCUAGCUGGCCGCGAGGACUGUGUGGAAAUGCUCAGCACGGGAGAGUGGAAUGACUCCGAGUGCCAAGUCACCAUCUACUUCGUCUGUGAAUUCCUCAAGAAGAGGAAAUAGAAGUGCCGCAGAAUGUGCCUGGCACCUGCUGUACAUACAAUAACCCAUCUUCAUUCAUCCACCGUAGGGAGAGCAGACAACCAGGGACAGGGCUCAAUCCAGCCUUCACCCCACUGGGUUAAGCAAGAGCAACUACUGUUAAGAUGGCAGUGACCAUGAAGUCAGCACAGGUCUGCAGGCGGCAUCUAGCCAAUUGUGAAUUUUUAUUUCAUGUCUAUGUGCAAUUUAGGGUGGGCAUUGCUACGUGUAAUUUAGGGGCAAAUUUAGAGCACGCAGAGGUGAAUAUGAUUUCACUAAUGCCAGAAAUAAUAAACUCACUGGUAUAUUAAUAAUCACUGAUGUGCUUCAUAAAGUCCACAGAUGGAAAGAGUGUGAUCUUUACUCAUCUUUGACCUGUACAGGAAGUCCCAGUAACUUCCCUGGUGAAUUCACAGCUGGGAGAACAGAUUUGCGGUUUCUCUUGAAAAAAUCCUUCUUUUGUUAGAAUCAUAGAGUAAUUUAAGUUGGAGGGGAUCUCUGGAGGUCACCUGGUUGAAUAUUCCAUGCAAAGCAGGGCCAACUUCAAACUUAGAUUAGAAGUUGUUGUAGUCUCCUUAAUUUGGCUGCACAAUUAUAUUGCCUGAUAUGCAGGGGAGGACUCACUUAUCUCUGCUUCCAACCCUAUCGCCCAUCAGGCUGGUCUGAGGUGUGAGGAAUUAACUUAGCAAUGGCACUUCUGCAUGCAAGCCUGCACAGCUUGCAGGCAACCUGAGAACAGAUGGAGCAAUUCUAGCCUCUGAUGUCCCCCAAAAUCUGUGAAAAACAAAGAAAAGUCUAGCACAAAGAGAACAGUGCAAAGGAAGCAACACCAUUGGUGUAGGCUGUAA